AUGUCGACGACAGCCGAGUAUGUCGCCAAGUUCCCUCGUCGGAAGAAGCUUCUCGAGAUGGUCGAGAAGUAUUGGUUGGAGGAAGCGAGACGGCCACCCGGAUCACUCGAUUCUUCCCUCAAGAAACAUACCACUCUUCUGAACAAGCUCAAAUCGUCAUUACUCGUCGGACCAGCUGAAACGCUCAUCAAGGAAAUUGAUGGAUUGACACUUACCAAGUACCUCGAGGAGAUCGUAGCUGCGGUAGCGGAAGGGUCAACCAAGAAGGGAGACUCCGAGAUAGCUGUCGAUAUAAUCGUCUAUCUGCAUACCCGCUUAACACCAGAUUUCCUUCCUCUGCUCUUACAACCUCUCUUAUCGGUUCUCUCUUCCCCCGUCAAUAGUACUAAUGCUGCUCCCGCGAACAAGGAUGCAGAGAAAGACAAGGAGAAGGAAGACAAGGAAAGACUGGGCAAACAAAGACCUGUAUUGAGGAUUGUAGCUGAAUUAGCUAUGAUUGGAGCUUGGGCUGAAAGUCCUGUUAAAGGAGCUUCGGAAGUUGGCAAGAUACUGAAGGGAUUUAUGAUUGGUGAUACUCAAUAUACCAAUCUACCUCUUCUCACAACCUUCCUGAAAUAUUUCGUCAGAGCCUAUCUCGGACCGAAUCCAUCUUCCACAAAAGACGGUUCAGCCAAUGGAGAUGCUAUUCAAAAAGAAGAGCUGCCUGAAGGUGUGACUGAGUUGAUACCUGUAGAAGUGCAAAAGAAGAUGAGGGAGCUGUUUGAGAAUUACUUCAAUUCCGCCAGUAAAACAUUAGUCAAAGGUCAAAUCCGACUACUCGAACAAGAUCGCCGUAAUCACGAAGCCUACAUCACAUCCGGGGAAAUAUUCGAAGAUCGUCAACAAGCUUAUGAGAAAAUGACCAAAGCUGUUGAAAGGCUCACGACCGGUGUGAACACUUUAGCCGAGUUAUUGGGAUUGCAACCUCCAGUCUUACCUACUGCUGCAAGUUUAGCUAAAUCGGGAUUACAGAUUGUGGAAAGUGCCAGUUCAUUUACUGUUAGAGAGGAUGGCCCCGUAGCAGGUGGAAUAUGGGACGAUGAAGAGGAAAGGAGGUUCUACGAGGAUCUGGUGGAUCUCAGGGAAGUGGUCCCCUCUGCAUUAUUAGGUAUCAAAGAAAGUAAAAAUACCAAUGAUACUGCUACUUCAGAAGAAGGUAAACAAGAAGAUGAAGAAAAGCGAAAAGCGGAUGAAGCGGACCUACAAAGACAAUUGGAACAAAUGGACUCACAACCUGAUAAGAAUGAAUCAGCAACAACAACGGAUCUUCAAGCUCAAGAAUUGUCAAGAACGGUAUCAGCGUCUACAUCUGGAGAACCUAUGGAACAAGAUCCACCAAUUGUCAUUGAGGAUGAUGAACAGCCUACGAUACAAGAUACGAGUGUGACUGAAGAUGAUGGCUUGCAAUCUGGUCCUGCGGCAAGAUUGACCGCUUUGUUCGCUGCGCUUCCUGAAGCGAAUAAUCGAGAGGUACUAGAUAAGUUGGCGGUAGAAUUUGCCUUUUUGAAUUCCAAAGCUGCUAGGAAGAGGUUGAUCAAGUUUAUUGGAGAAGUACCUAAGCAACGAACCGACCUCCUCCCUCAUUAUGCAAGAUUCGUUGCUACUUUAGAUAGAUAUAUGCCUGAUAUCGGUACAGGGGUGUUGCAGAUUCUCGACGAGGAGAUGAGAUAUCUUCAGCGGAAGAGAUUAGUACGAGAACUUGAUUCUCUCAGACUCAAGAACGUCCGAUUCUACGGUGAAUUGGCGAAAUUCAAAGUGGCCAAACCAUAUACUAUCCUUCACGUACUCAAAGUAUUCCUGGACGAGUUCAAAUUCAAUAUCGAGAACAUAUCGAAUUUGUUGGAGAACUGCGGAAGAUUCUUAUUGCGAUUUGAAGGUACCAAAGAGACCGCUAAGAAAAUGGUCGAGUUGAUGAGAAGAAAGCAGGGUAAUUCCCACCUAGAUCAGAGACAUCAAGUGAUGUUGGAGAAUGCGUUUUACAUGUGUAAUCCACCUGAAAGAGUCGCUAGGGAAGUAAUUACUCUAUCGCCAAUGCAAAGUUUCAUACAACACCUCUUACAUGAUAUACUGAUGAAGAGAACCUUGGAUAAAGUCUUGAAGUUAUUGAGGAAAUUGCAUUGGGACGAUGCGGAGACAUACGACUUUAUCUUAUCGUCAUUCACUUCACCGAACGAUAUCAAAUUUGGAAAUAUCCCUUACUUAGCUGCUUUGGUUUAUGACCUGCAGCGAUAUCACCCCGAGUUCUCCAUCGCGGUAGUUGAUCAAGUUAUGGAGGAUAUCAGGAUAGGCAUGGAGGAGAAUAUCUUCAAGCAUAAUCAAAGGCGAAUAGCAACCAUUAGGUAUCUGGGCGAAUUAUAUAUGUAUAGAGUUGUAGGGGCCGGAGUGAUUUUUGAGACGCUAUGGAGUUUAUUGAGCUUUGGUCACGCCGAUCCAUUCCCUGUACCAGGUCGAGAAUCGCCCAUAGAUGCUGUCGACGAUUUUUUCAGAGUCCGACUGGCAUGCACACUUUUAGAUACUUGUGGUGCAUGCUUCGAUAAGGGAUCCCAAGCUAGGAAGUUAGAUCAAUACCUGGUCAUGCUUCAGCUUUACGUGACGUGUAAAACUGAACUACCUAUGGACGUCGAUUUUAUGCUUACUGAUACUUUGGACACCCUACGACCCAAGAUGCCUCAUCUUAGGACUUUCACUGAAGCUGCUGCUAAAGUCGAUGAAUUACUUGCGCUGGGUAUUGGUGAAGACGAUGAGAGUGAUGAUGAGGAAGGGAGUGACGAAGGUGAUCGUGGUGGGCAUGAAGAUCCAAUAGAUUCCAAUGAAGCUGAGGUAAUCCCUCCCCCGAGCGAAGAAAACGAAGAAGAGGAGGAAGACAACGUUGUGUUGAUCCGUAAUAAAGAAAAAGAACAACAUUCCGAAAUGGAUGAACAAGCUCAAUCGGAGUUCGAUAGAGAAUUUGCAAAGCUCUUAGCAGAUACGACAGAUGCGAGAAGGGAUCAACGGAAGAAUGCUCCCCCAGUGUUUGACACGGCUGUACCGCUGAUCAGGAAGAAGGAUGUAGGCGAACAAGAAGGGAAGAUGCAGUUUACGUUGUUGAGUAAGAAAGGUAACAGACAACAGAUACGAUCACUUGAUAUACCACUUGAUUCUACCAUCGCGAUGAACUCGAGAUCCCAUCAGGCUCAAUCGAAAGCUGAACAAGAACAAUUGAAGAGGUUGGUAUUGCAGAAUGAAAGGAGGUUGGAGAGAGCCGAAGUACAGGAUAUCGAAACGAGAGGUAUCAAGUUACGAUAUUUACCUUCUUGA